AUGGGCCAGCCAUCUGAACAGGCGUCAAACGCCCUCAUCUACACCACUUAUGCCGCUUUCCUGUGCGCCGCCCGCUUGAAAACCAUUUGGAACCUUGGUGAUGCUAACAAAGUCAUGUCCAGUGUCUUCGGCCUCGCCAUUGCAUGGACUCUUCGCCAUCAGUCCAAAGGAGAAUACCUCGCAAGUCUGCGAACACAGAAGGGUCAGAAAACCGACACCGCUACGGCGCACUUCCGGCCCUCUCUGAACCCGCAGUCACCGGCCAUACUGACACCUUUCCCAGGCAUACCUCUGGCCCUGAACUUUAUCGCCUCGGGGUCCGGUAUCCUCCAGACCUAUCCGCAGAUCUCCACGGUUGCCGGCGUCCAGGGCUUGGUUGUCUACAGUCUCGCUUCAGGUCUUCCUAUCUUGGUGUUUGGCUACCUUGGGCCCAUCCUCAGAAAGAAAUGCCCAGAGGGAUUCGUGCUGACUGAAUGGACCCGACAACGUUACGGCACAAUUACUGCUCUAUACCUCUCAGCUUUGACCUUGAUCACCCUCUUUCUCUACAUGGUCGCUGAGCUUUCAGCACUCCAACAGAUCAUCAAUGCUUUGACUGGCCUGAACGGUCUUCCCGCUGUGAUCGUCGAAUGCGCGGUUACCACCAUUUACACUUCGCUCGGUGGAUUCAAGGUUUCCUUCAUCACCGACAACAUUCAGGGAGUUAUGGUGGUCGCGCUCAUCAUCAUUGCCUGCAUCACGGUCGGCGUCAAGACUGACAUCAGUCGCGACUUGAUCGACCGCAGUGGCUAUCUCGAUGCAAGUCUUUUGGGCUGGCAGCUGAUAUACAUCCUGCCGGUGGCGGUCUUGUCCAAUGACUUCUUCAUCUCUGGGUUCUGGAUGCGCACUUUCGCCGCGAAGACAGACAAAGACUUGUGGAUUGGCACGAGCAUUGCAACAGUCGCAGUCACCAUCAUCCUGACUCUCGUCGGUGUUACCGGUCUCCUAGCAGGCUGGGCCGGCCUUUUGGGCGACCCACCGCAGCAAUCAUCGAUCGCCUUCUUCCUGCUUAUGGGGGAAUUGCCGGCGUGGGUCGUCGGGAUUGUCAUCGUCAUGACAGUUUGCCUGUCCACGGCGGCGUUUGAUUCUCUGCAGUCCGCUAUGGUGUCGACGGGAUCCAACGACAUCUUUCGCAACAAGUUGAACUUCUGGUACAUCCGCGCCGCUGUUGUCGUCAUCAUCUUCCCUACUGUCGUGGUUGCGCUGAAAUCUCCAUCGGUACUGCAGAUCUAUCUGAUAUCUGACUUGGUCUCUGCCUCCAGUGUCCCUUGUCUCCUUAUUGGCUUGUCCGAUCGCUUCUAUGCCUGGCGCGGGUUCGAAGUUGUGGUCGGCGGGCUCGGCGGCAUUCUGACUGUCUGGCUCUUCGGUCUGGUAUAUUACCACGGCGACGCCAAAGCUGCUGGAGACCUGAUCCUGCUCGAGCAAGGCCUCUAUGAGAACAAUUGGUCGGCUUUCGGGGCGUUCGUCGCUGCUCCUGUGGGAGGGAUGUUGUGGGCUCUUGGGGCCUUCGCAUUCCGGAUCGGCGUUCAAUGGAGCAUUGCGAAAUACAAGGGCACUCGCUUCGACGCCUUUGAUAAGCCCGCUGCCCCGACCGCCACUUUCUACACUGGCGAGGACACACCCGCCGUGGGUGAUGCCGAAAGAGAGGUCUAUGAGGACAACGACGGCGUGGAGAGAAGCGUGGUCAAGGUGAAGGGGAAGUUCUUCUAA